GCACCGCCUCGCUCGGGCCGCGCGCGUCCAGCCGCACAGCUGCCCCCCAGCUCUCCCUCUCGGUGGCGGGCAGAGGGCGCUGUGCGUCCGUGCGCCCCGAGGGGCGGGCCCGGGCCGGGGCGGGGCUGGCCGGGCUUCCAGGCCGGGGCUCUAGCCGCCCGCGCCGCCCGGGCCGCUCCGGGGACGGGCCGGGGCGGGGCGCGGUCUCAGGAAGCCAGGCGGGGACGCGCGGAGGCGUUGGGGAGCGAGGGAGGGCGCGGCCAACUCCCGGAGGGACGGCGGGCCGAAAGAGCGGCGCCGGGGCCUGGCGCGCAGCCUGAGAUCACCGGACCACAGGCCGCCCCACCACGGGCUCUGUCCCGGCCCCAUCCCUGCCAGCAUGGCCGGCCGGACCGUGCGGGCCGAGACCCGGAGCCGAGCCAAAGAUGACAUCAAGAAGGUGAUGGCGACCAUCGAGAAGGUCCGGAGAUGGGAGAAGCGCUGGGUAACUGUGGGUGACACUUCCCUUCGAAUCUUCAAGUGGGUGCCUGUGGUGGAUCCCCAGGAGGAGGAGAGGAGGCGGGCAGGAGGCGGGGCAGAGAGAUCCCGUGGCCGGGAGAGACGCGGUAGGGGCACCAGUCCCAGAGGGGGUGGCCCCCUCAUCCUGCUGGAUCUCAAUGCAGAUGAGAACAGCAACCAGAGUUUCCAUUCUGAAGGUUCACUGCAAAAGGGCACUGAGCCUAGCCCUGGGGGUACACCCCAGCCCAGUCGCCCUGGAUCACCGACUGGACCCCCAGAAGUGAUUACAGAAGAUACUCAGCCCCCACAACUGGGCCAGGAGAGAGGUCCAGGGGCUACACCUGCAGGCGGUACUGAUGAACCCCCAAAGCUGACCAAGGAGGAGCCUGUUCCAGAACUGCUAGAAGCCGAGGAUUCCGGCGUGAGAAUCACCAGGAGAGCCCUCCAAGAGAAAGGCUUGAAAGCAGAGCCCCUCAGGAGACUUCUUCCCAGGAGGGGCCUCCGGACAAAUGCCCGGCCUACGUCCACGGUUCCAGAACCCAGAGCUCCCGGAAGUGGGAGCAAGGCCCAGAGGGCACCCAGGACGAUACCACAAGGGAAGGGGAGGUGAGCGGGUCCAUCGCCCAAGGGGAGGCCCUUAGGUCUUCCUUAGCUGCCCCAAGAUCCAAUCAUUUACCCACACCGCUUACGAGUGGAGAGGGCUUUGGAGCUGGGCACCCGCAGCCAGCAGUGGAGGUUGACAGCCAGCUCUCCACUUGUCCCUGUCCUUAAAUUAUGGAUCCACCCUGCUUGCUGUGGGUCCAAAACUACAGGGCCCGGGCAAGUCACAGACAGGGAGUGUCUGAGGACAUCUCUAGGUGAUGCCUAGAAGCAACUUGAAUAUACAAAAAAAACGGUGGAUCCUGUGCCGAUUUGGCCACCUCCUCACAUACUAGGGCAGCGGUCCACCAAAGGGCCAGGCAUGGUCCCCGGAGGUGACCUUCGACCUUUAGAACUUCAGUAUCUACACUGGUGAGGAGCCCUGCCAGCAAGACGUGAGCAGUGGGCAGCACCUGAAGCACGGGGCAGAAGGUGAUACCACAGUUUGUGAAUGGUGUUGAAAUUCACACUUGUGUGGUAGUUUGCCCAUGUGUAGAGACAUCACUCCAGCAAGCAGCUUGCAGCCUCCCCCUGCUCCCACAGGCCUGUGGACUCUGGGCCUGCUAAGAAGACAUGUGCCAACUAGGAUGCCAACUUUGCCUCAGGUCAAUUGAGGGGCGCACAUGGCCUAGUGACCGUUCAGACCAGGCCACGGCCUCCUGCUCCAGGAGUGGAUGGAGACGUGUGGUCCAGCACUGCCAAAUCUACCUGGAAACUACCCACUUUGAGAAACUCAAGGCAAAUGAGC